UUCGCGGGCUGAGAAUCUUUUGAAAAUUCCGCGUUUCGUGAAUGAAGCAACAAAAAAUUUACAAGAAAUUGAAAUUGAUUCAAUAAAUUCUUGAGAAAAUUAUUUUUAAAUUUCUGUUUCUAUUUAAAAGCCUUGAAAGUGUAGCAGAGGCUUGUUUUGUUUUUCUUUUUUGUGUUUGUUUUGGGUGUAUCGCGAUUCUCACGUGAAACAUUCUGUGAAACUUCUGCCUCAAACACUUUAUGUUUCAUCAGCAGUUCCCUCCGCAAGAAAAAACGACGUCAUGGUGCUGGAAAAAUUAGCAAAAUUGCGCUUUAUUAACAAUACAAUUUGUAUUUAGCCCGAAAAAACGUUUUGUGUUUCUGUGGGCUUGCAACUCCGCACGCCACUUUGACAGUUCGAGAUUUGCGACGCCAAAAAAAAAAGUUCUAAAAAUGGGAGAAGUGCCCCCGGAAUUGGAUACCAGCUUAGCUGAUUCCCUGCUUGAGCACCUCACAGCUGGGAGGGUGAAGGAGGCCCUGGAGGUGACGCAGGACAAUCGAUUUCAUGCGUGUCUCAAGAGUAAUUGCUCAGAUACAAUUGCUGUUGUUGCGGGAUUCCUGAAGACGGCAACAUUCCGGGACAAUCCCACCCUGUAUGAGGCUUGUGAGGAAAUAUUGAAGACAACAACAAGUGUAGCUACGCCCCAGGAAGUUCUCCUGGAACUUAUGGUUCUCCUGGAGACGUGUGAGGAUGACAAUUUGUUCAGAAGUGUCCUCAAGGCAUUGCAAAUGUGUCUCCUGCGUCUUCCUGAGAAUAAAAUUCUCUCCAUUGAUCAUGCUUUGGAGGCUGUCUAUGGGUUUGUGCAAAAGCUCCCGUAUGCUGAGACGAAUGGGAGAACGUCCUACACGGAGGAGAGGCAGAAAUUACUGGAGAACGGGCCAAACAUCACGCGCCUACUCACAAAUUACGUCACCCUGACGCUCUUCUUGGAGCCAAUAAGAGAAGAAUUUGCAAAGAAUCCUCCGUCUUUGCAGGAAUUUCAAGGAAAAACUCGAAGGAGCGUUCUCGUGAAGUUUCUCAUGAAUCUUCUCGGAGGUUCCUUUGCCAGGCUUCACCUGAAGGCUGAGGAGAAGCCCGUCAAUACGUACACCCGGCAGUGUUCAGGAUUCUUCGUUGAGAGUAUCACAAAACUCCUUGGGGGAGAUCCUUUCACCAUCUUGAGGGACAUUGAAGGGAGAUUCCGUUGGCCUGAUCGACGAGAUGCAAAAAAUCACAGCAUUUUCGCAGAUCCGGAAACAACGUCUACUACCAGUCUCAUUGUCUUCUUCUACGUGAUAUUUGUGGGGAAGCAAAUGCCCCUCCAGGUUCCUCGAAUCUACUCCUCCGUCUACAUUUGUGAGGUUCUUUUGUAUUUAGUAGCAGUAGGCCUGGAAAGUGACCUCGAGGAGAUUCAAAUGAAGGCUGUGGAGCUUCUCAAAGCUUCCCUGGACGACCUGGAGCCUCAUUCCCUCCAUUCAAAUCAUCUAGAAUUGCAAAUUCAUGCAAAAGUCUUCCUAAAUCUCACAAAUGUCAUGAUUUACUGCAAUUCCGAGGAGAUCCGGAAGUCAUCCAUUGCUACCUUCGGGACGUACAUACGGAAGUUUGAUGAUGAAGGGAGAUUCCUGGUGAUUGAGAAGCUCUUUGAGAAAUAUAGCAACGACGCUGCUAACUUCCGGGGUUUUCUUACGACAAUUUUUAAGGAUUUCGUCGCAGAAAUUCUUGCAAAGGGAGAAAAUCGUUUUCCCCUGCAGGACAAAUUCCUCCGGAUUAUGUCUAAUUUGACAACGCUGCGAGAUAAGGAAGCCACGGAUCUCGUUCAGGAAGCUGAAGCAAUAAUUUCCACCCUGAAUGCAAUUCGUUUUCUCGCCAUAAGAGAUCUGGAGAAUCGCACGGAAUUCUGGAAGCUCAUUCCGGGUAUUCAGAAGGGCUACCUCGACUACAUCCGGAAGAGUAUGGAUCUGGGACGAGCACACUACGAAGCAGAACGGAUACGAAUUGAGAAGGGGGAAGAUGAGGAGGUUUCCGAUAAGGUCUCUGUGAAUGUGAUGAAUGAGGAGAUGCUGCCGAAGCUGACGCGAGAUCAGAAGCUAUUUGUGAUGAAUAAUUCCCUCAUGAAGCUGGAUCUCAUUGAGAGUGUCCUUGCCAGGGUUAAUGAAUGCCUCAAAAAUGCUCCGGGAGUGAGGAAUUAGCAGUUGGACAAUUGAUUACGUCAUUGAUGACCUUUCAGCCAAUUGUCUACCUCGUGAUGUUUUCAUUUUUAAUUUAAAAAAAUAGCAUCAUUAGCCUUCUGUAAAGUUUUUUCUUUGCUAAAUAUUUUUAUUUAAUUGCAUUUAAUGUAAUAAUCAAAUAAAAUGUUACAAAAUUAUUAAA